AAUGACCCAAUCUCCCCUCGCCUAGGGUUACCUCUCUGUUUAGGGUUUCUUUCUGCACGAGCUUCGUCCGUAGCCCCGGCGCCAAUCGACCGACCGACUCCAAGAUGCCUUCGCACAAGACGUUCAGGAUAAAGAAGAAGCUGGCGAAGAAGAUGAGGCAGAACAGGCCGAUUCCUCACUGGAUCCGCCUUCGUACCGACAACACCAUCAGGUACAACGCGAAGCGUAGGCACUGGCGCAGAACCAAGCUCGGAUUCUAAGAGGUCACCUCACUGUAUGGCUCUCAGUUUUUCUUUUUGUGUCUUGAUUUGAUGAUGGUUAAAGUGUUUUUACCUGUUUCAUGAAUCUAGCAUUGUGCUCAUUUUGGUAUUUCUGUAAGACAAAUCUCUUAUGAUUGGUAUUUACCAAAAUUUCCCCCCUUGAAAGCAUUAUGUUAUAGCAUUGUAUGUGAGAUUUGAAAGAUAUGGAAGUGAUUUUCAGCA